UGCUGGCAGGACGAAAGGCCCACUGAGCCACAACAGCUGUUGGAGUUUGCGGAGCGGCGUAGCGUUCGCGCUCUGAGGGAGGCGCGGCCCGACGCCCAGCUGGACGCCAUUGGCUGUUUACCCAUGAUCCUCCCCUUCAUCCUGCUGGCAGCACACGCCCCUCUGGAGCAGGCGGUGCAAGGUGCGGUGGAGAUGGUGAAGCUGACCCACCCCCACCCCAGGGUUCCCCUCUGGGUGUCUCUGUACGGCGGGGCGCUCCACAGGGUGCUGGGGGGGGCGAGCGUCCGGGGGGAGGCGGAGCGCGCUCUGAAGAGCCUCAAGGCCUGGGACGCCUGCCGGGGGUUCAGCAGCAAGGCAGCAAGGUUCCCUGCUGGGUCGGAUCAGCGUCUCCAGGUUCAUCAGAGUGCUGUUAAUCAGCUGGGACUCGCCUGCUACACCAAAGGCGCUCUCUCCAGUCUCUUCUAUUUGGCUCUUGAGUUCCACGACGACGCGGCAGCAGGAAUCCUCACCAACACCAACUGUGGAGGUGAGAACUGUAAUCGAGGCGCGGCAUUGGGUGCUCUGCUGGGGGCGGGGGGGGCAUUCAGAGGGGGCGGAGUCCCAGAGGAGUGGAGGGAGGAGCUUAGAGACGCCAGAGAGACCAUCCCUCUCAUCCUGAAGAACAUCAAAUAACACGCUCCUAUUGGCCGGCGCUCCAACACUCUGAACGUGAUAGGCUAAGGGGCGGGACUUCUCUAAGAUGUUGACCAAUCACAACAGAGCUAAUCAGAACAUUUAUGAAAUAAAAUGUUAUUUGUGUAUUAAUAAAAUGAUUUGCUCUGCUUAUGUUUGUUUGUUAGUUUUUAAAUUAUUAAAAAUAAAGACUUAAAAUGUC